GUGACGCGCGCUGUGACUCCGCCCCUCUUUGGGAGGGGUGAGGGGGCGGGGCGGGUAGUGGGAGGAGUCAGGCAGAGCUGAGCCCACGUGUGACGCGCGCAUUCCCGGCUCAGUGCGAUUCGCUUUAGCGGCGCUCCUGGCUCCGUUCGCUCUGACUGCGCGCCUUUUAGUUUUGCUGCCUGUUUUUUAGUUGGGUUAGCGAUGGAGGGAGACGGGAGCCAAGCCACGUCCGGGAGUCCGACCGAUUCGCAACACGACCCAGGUAAAAUGUUCAUCGGUGGCCUCAGCUGGCAAACUUCACCAGACAGCCUUAGAGACUAUUUUAGUAAAUUUGGAGAAAUCCGAGAAUGUAUGGUGAUGAGGGAUCCCACGACCAAGCGCUCCAGGGGAUUUGGGUUUGUUACGUUUGCAGAUGCGGCCAGUGUAGAUAAAGUUUUAGGUCAACCUCACCACGAAUUAGACUCAAAGACGAUUGACCCUAAAGUUGCCUUCCCGAGACGUGCUCAACCCAAGAUGGUCACAAGAACAAAGAAAAUAUUUGUAGGCGGAUUAUCAGCGAACACAGUAGUCGAAGAUGUGAAGCAGUAUUUCGAACAGUUUGGCAAGGUAGAGGAUGCCAUGCUUAUGUUUGAUAAAACUACAAAUAGGCAUAGAGGAUUUGGCUUUGUAACUUUCGAGAAUGAGGAUGUGGUGGAGAAAGUCUGUGAGAUUCAUUUUCAUGAAAUCAAUAAUAAAAUGGUAGAAUGUAAGAAGGCACAACCCAAGGAGGUGAUGUUUCCCCCAGGGACACGAGGGCGAGCCAGGGGUCUACCCUACACCAUGGAUGCCUUCAUGCUAGGAAUGGGAAUGCUGAGUUACCCAAACAUUGUAGCGACGUACGGCCGUGGAUACACUGGCUUCGCCCCGAGCUACAGCUACCAGUUCCCUGGCUUUCCUGCGGCAGCGUAUGGUCCGAUGGCGGCAGCGGCAGUGGCAGCAGCACGUGGUUCAGGCUUCCCCGAUUACGGUUUCUAUUCCACGACAAGUGACCAACGGGGGCCCCCCUUCUCCUUUGCGGACUAUGGCUCUCUAGGCCCACAGGCGGCUCAGCUGCUUCAAAGCGAGCAUGCCACCUCGGCCUGCAACUCCCCCCUGCAGCACCUGCCCAGCCCGGAUCAGUAUAAGAGCCCAGGCACCAACCCUCCGCGGCCUGGAACUUUUCCUGGAGCGAGCAGUCCAGGACCUGUGGCUGACCUGUAUGGCCCCACCAGCCAGGACUCUGGCGUGGGCAAUUACAUAAGCGCUGCUAGCCCUCAACCUGGCUCCGGCUUCGGCCACAGUAUUGCUAGUUUAUCGGGAGGUCCGGGAAAGACAGGCCGCAGUUUCUAACUGGUUUUGUGUACAGGUAACGGCCAUACAACUCCAAGCACUACAGCAUGGAACAGACAAGGACGAGCUGAGAUGGCAGGAUCUGACGAACAAAAGAAACGUCUGAAUCAUCUCAGAAAAAAAACAACACCAACAGUAAUCUGCUGUACUAUAAUGAAAACCUGGCUUUUGGAUUUUUUUUUCUCCUAAUGUAUCCCCAUAACCUAGGAUGAUGUUGUCGUUUUGUCCUUUUUCACUUCUUUCCCCCCGUUUCAUUGACGUUAUUUCUUUAACAUCUUUUAUCAUAUAGUCUGAAACAGCCUUUGAGGUUGACUAGUUUUGAAAUCUUUUCAUUAUAUACUAUGUUCUCUGAUGAGAAGAACUGUGUAAAUGUACAUUUUCUCUCCUUUUUUAGUGUAAUAACAUCACUAUAGUUGUCUCUUCACUCUUGGCUCUUUGUAAUAAUACCCAGUGUUUCAUGUUUUCAGAUUUCAUUUCAUUCAAGCAAGAACACUGAAAGACUUGCUUCAAAAAUCAUGAUUUUUCAACCUUUAAAAGAGCAACAAGAGGGAAACUAACAAAUCUAAGUAGCUCUGUUCUUUGUUUCGUGUGAUGUCUUGUUAUCAUUAUUAUCUAUUUUGGGCAAUAAGAGGACUACAAUAUUUUCACAGUCCUUUUUUAUAAAUGUUUUUUUUGUUGUUGUCGUUGUCGAUAAAAGAAAAAAAAACCCUACAUUUCUUUUUAAUACUUUGUGAAAUGAGAUUUAAAAAGAAAAACAGUUAUGAAAUCUGUAAAUAUUACUCAUUACUACAUUGAACCAUCUCAGAGAGAACCAUAUUUUUGUGAUGGUGUUCUAGAGGUCGUAUUGUGCUCUGAAAUAUGUUUUAAAAAAAAAAGAAAAAAGAUCUUUCAGGCUUGGUGCGGUAACUGAAAUCCAUUUGUAGCACAAAAGCCGUGAGAACCCGACUGCAGACACAAGCCCAAUAAAACACUGUUAGCUCGCUCUGUAAAUACUGUUGGCUUUCUAACUGUGCAGGUAGCAAACCAGCAUAUUGACUAGAUUGUGAGAUCAGAUGUGCACAGCUUUCACAGAGAAAACACAUUACAACAUACACACAAAUCAGCAUUGUAGAAGCAAAAUCGAAAUGAAAUCCAAAGCACAUGUGUGUUUCAUGUUUUUUUAAGUACCAGUGAUGAAAUGAGAGAUUUUCUAAGAAGUAAACUGUGUUUUUUUUGUUUGUUUGUUUUAAUUUAAUUUUUCCCGUAGUCCUACAAAAAAUAGUACAGAGAAUGCCUGAUUUCGGAAACUAAAAGGCAAUAUUUCAAGAUUUUUAGUCAUUUCUGACUGAUCAAUUAGGAACUGUUUUUGCACCAUUACCUCAGUCCUGUGGGAUGUACUUUAGAGGACGUAACAAAUUAAUUUAUUUUAUCGUGAGACAAAAAAAAAAAAAAAAGAUUGUCUUGAAAUUUAAAAGAAUCAUUGCACUGUGAGAAAGAAUUUAUUAUUUUCUAUUUGCACAUGUUAAAGGAUGUUCUCUACCGUGGGUCACAUGAAGGAUUCGUAUUGAAACGUCGUCCCCGCGCGGCCGCAGUCUUUAUGGCUGUGUGUUUGUAGAAUAAUCUUUUUUUUUUUUUUUGCUGGGCAUUUUAUUUUUGUGCUUCUGAUCUGCCAACGUUACAGCUGAGUUUAUUGGUAGCAAUAGUCGAAAUCCUCCGAUACACUGAAACUGAAUGAAGUCAGUAGCUGCUACACAUAUAUGACGUACAUGUCGGAUCCGACGAGAUCGAAAUGAUGCUAAAAUAUAUGCUGAGUGAAAUAAGAGUGAUAUUAUAAAUAAGAGUGUAAAACUGACUGAUAUAUGCUGUUGUUCAUCCUUGCUGCAAAUGUGUUUUGUUUUCAUUUGACUCCCAUUUUUCACAAUUUUACUGAACUGAUUCGAAAUGCCGAAUCCUUUUUUUUUUGUACAUCUCGGAAAAAAAGGAUAAGUAAGAGCAACGCAGAAAGAUGGCUUCCUACUAACUGUUCAAACUGUUUCAAAAGACAAAACUACUCAAAAGAGUGCGAUCCCCAACACAGUUUGAAUAUCAAUGGGGGAUUUUUAUUGCUAUUUUUGUGGAAGUGAAUGACUAUGUUAAAUAUGUUGCUGACUAUAUUACGGUUACUAUGUACUGUAUUUAUCAUUUGAUGAUCUCUCCAUUCCCUGUCGCAUCAUCCAGUAAUCUUCUGUUGAUCAUUGUAUUUCAGUAGUGUGUAAAAAAGAGGAAAAAAAAAAGAAAUUACCUUGUAAAAGAGUGCUGUCUUUGAUGCCAGUGUAGUGAUCUGUACAUUUCUCUGUUGAUCCGUUUCACUCCUCUCUCCCCUGUUUUUUGCCCCGCUUUUGUCUUCUUGCUCUUUCGCUAUAUCUCUGUCUCACUCUCUCUUAGUGAAUAGUCAUAGAUGUUAUGUAAUCAACGUUACAGUAGCGCUGUAGUGAUUAGUAGAUUUAGGACCAGUAAGGAUAGAACUUUCUCUUGAUAAUCAUUUAAACAAACAAACAAACAAAAAAAUGCUGAACAUUGUUUUCAUGGCGUUUUCACCUUUACUUUGUCUUUGUGUUCAUUGGGUUGUUUUGUUUUUUUUCUUUCUGAUUCUCACAUGGUUUCAACUAACCAAAGCUCUCAUGAUGAAAUCCAGAAAAAAAAGAAAUUGGUGUAAGACAGAGUUGUAAACAAGGCAUUAAUUGGAUCCCCACCCUUGAAUGUUUGAAAAGGGGUGUGCCAUACUACCUUAAAUGCUAACGCUUGAUAUGCAAAACUGUUUUUUGUUUUCUUUCUUUUUUUAAGAGGGACGCAAUUUAUAAUUAUGGAAAGGAUUUUAUUACACGAAUGGAAAAAAAAAAUCAUAUUUUUUUAGUACGUUCUACCUGAGUAAUGAUGAUCUAGCCUAAUAAUUAUAGAUAAAAACGAUAAAACUGUAAUAGGUUUUGAUAUUUAUACUUUUCAAAAAGUCCGCUACUAUUUUUAAAUACUUUU